AUGGCGUUCAUUGAAAGUCGCCGACGCCUACUCGCAGGAAUUCCUGUGCAAAAAGUCUGCCAGAAGCUUCAAGGAUACCUCACCCAAGAAGAAAUCAAGGAUAUAUGUUCCGACAGUUCGGAAACAAGAAUGACGAAGCUCCUCUAUAUCUUGUGCAAAAAGCCACAGAAGUACCAAGAGUGGUACCUUGAUCUAUUGGUAGCCUUGCAGGAUCUCGAUUAUUCAGCCAUAGCAGAGGGACUCGAGAGUAAAACAGAUUUGAAAGUCCGCAUCGGCAGAGUAUGGUUGAAGUUCAUCAAGAUUGGAAAUCCGGGAGAUGUCAUGAAGAGGAUGAUGAACCGCGGUAUUCUCAACAGUGACGAAAUAAGGACCCUCAAUGUAAUUAAAUACAAGGAGCAGAAAAUGUCCAGUCUAGGUGAUGUCCUGGGAAAAAAGGACGGAAGAAAUCUGCCCCUGAUAUCUAGAUGUCUUCUUGAAGAAGGCCAUCGAUCCGUCGCUGAGGAGCUCCUGCACUCCUCCAGGGAAGAGCUCGAUGAAUACUCUGCUGGUUCA